GAACGGUUUAGUUUUAAUCAGAAGCGUUUUUAAAUAAAACAAAGAUAAAAUCAAUUCAAAAUUAUAAAGCAUUUGAACAGUGUGUGGCCUUAUUACUCUUUUGAUAACAGAGAUAAUAUAGCUUUUACCAGGAGAAGAUUUUCAUAUUACAGAAACCUGUCAAUCCUUCCAUCACUUUUGUCACAAUUCAUGACCAACAAAAUACACGAAUUAAGGUCUUGAAUCUCGAGUGUUUCCUUUUACUAAAUCAUACCAUCAUCCACCAAAAGCACAUAGCAUGGACUCAAAAUCACUUCAUCUACCUAACGAACAUGGCGAUCAAUCAUUCAACGAAGAGGCACUAGAUCAACUCCCUUCACUUCCUUCAACAUCAAGCAGCCUAUUCAUCGCAUCACAUUAUCGAUCUCCUCAAUCAAAGUCACAACAUGGCUCUUCUUCAAGCGGCAAGAGGACACUGUAUGGCAAUCCAACUAUCGCAAAGAGUGAUGCAAUCUCCAUAGAAGGAUGUUCAACAUUUGAAUACGAUAUCAACUCUAAUAUUCACAAACAACAGAUAAGAAGAAGGAGGGGCGGUUCAAACGCUUCCAUCUCUACUGUUGCUUCCGUCUUAUCCCGUAAUGCAUCGAUAGCAGAUAGCAUGCAAAGCUAUAAUCAUGCAAGCACAAGCAGGAAUGCAUACGAUAAUGAUGACGAUCGGCAAUCAGUGAUAGCGCAUGGUCAAUUCAUAUCCAAUCAAAGUGCAACUCUAUCCAUCAGAAGAGGUGGAGCGGGAAGUGGUCUUGAUGGAAAUACAAAAAGUGCAGCCGCAAGUUUGCGUAAAAUUGGAGUAGCCAGUGGAAUUGACGCCCAAUUUCUCGAUUCCUUACGCCGCGAAGAAGGAGGAGAAGGAGAGCAGCCAACUACCGCUGGUGCUCAUUUGACAGAUAAGCUUGAACAAUUGAUAGCAAAUUCGGCCAGCUAUCGAUCGGCCAAUUCACGCUUUGCUUCAUCAACCUCCUCCCCACAACGACGACAACAACAACAAGAUACAUCAUUCACACAAAGACAAAGAAAGAUUAGUUAUGCUUCAAUGCGUAGCCUGAUCGGAUUCACUUCAUCAACGCAAAGACAGACGGGAGAUUAUCGUGCUACUGGCGGUACUCCAUCAAGAACGGCAAGCUUGUUUGGCUUGUUCAUCGGGGGAGGAAGUACUGGCAAAGAUGAUACAGUACGAUCGCCAGCAUGGUCAAAACCUCCAACUUCAAUGGCACCAAUUGUGACUUCAACAAAUAGUGGAUCGACUGCCAUUCCUACUUCGCCAACUUUGACACAAUCUCCUCGAGAUGCAAUGGGAAGCUUGCGAGGCUUAAGAGGACUUUUUGAUGAUCCAAAUAAUGGUACCACUCCACGCACACGUACAAUGUCCGCUAUGUCAAGACCUCCAAUUGGAACAAUGUCAAAACCAAAUUCACAUGCAGAAGGCAAGAGACCAGAACGUAAGAGAAAUGUGUCUUUCCAACCAACUGUAGAAUCUCGAUCCAACAUUCCAGGCAGCGCAAGUUCUUCUGGUCGUAGAGCAUUUGCCGCAAUUGAUCCUACUUCUGGCGUUCAUGCUUCAGGCACAAGCACUCCACGAACAUCCGGAUCAAUCUCCCCGGAUUUGAUCAACAGUCGUGCGAACAGUCAAUUAGACUUACCCAGCUUGACAGCAUCUACAACAAGCUCUAAUAGCGGCCUUCAGGCUUCAGAAAGUGGUGCAAUGCCUACAUUGGAUGCAGCACUUGCUCGUGUAGAAGAAAGGAGUGGUUUGAAAACCUCUUCCAAAUGCUCAAGUUGUGGAUUGAAAGUCGUCAAUGCUCCAAUAACAAAGAGUGGCGAAGUUUUUUGCAGUCGUGAUUGUCGUAUUUUGGCAAAACAAAAGCGAAAGCAAGCAGCCACCGGAGCAGCUACAGCAGCUGUUCCAAGUGUCAAACCAACAGAAAAGGCUGCCCAGACAAAAGCUGCUGAGCCUGCCAAGCAACCCAUCAAACCAGCAGAAGUAGUAGCACCCGCCUCAGAAGCCGCCACAAAGAAAAGCAACACAGACAGCUCUUCCGUUCAUGAAUCAACAACAUUUUCGCCUGCCCUUCGAUCUUCUCAAACGUUGCAUUCUUCCAGACCUGCUUCAAUCGCUACGACACGAUCAGCUUCUUCUGCAAAGUAUAUCAACACAGACGUUGAUGAUCUUAGGGCAGUUCGAGCGCAAACUUCCAAACCUUUGAUGCAGGCAGUUUCAUAAUUGGUCACCUUUCCCGUUUUGAUUUUCUUCGAGAUACCUUUUUCUUCAUGUCAUUUAUUGUGUGGAAAAUAAAUAUUGUGAAAAAAAGCACAGAAAAAAUGCAUUUAAUAAGCGAUGAGGUAUAAUGAAAUGA